CAUCGUCUAAGCACCAGCAGCUAUGGCCGUCGGAAAGAACAAGAGGAUUUCCAAGGGAAAGAAGGGUGGGAAGAAGAAGGCUGUUGAUCCAUUUUCCAAGAAGGAUUGGUACGAUGUCAAAGCUCCGUCCGUGUUCAACACCAGGAAUAUUGGCAAAACCCUAGUUACCCGUACCCAGGGUACUAAGAUUGCGUCUGAAGGACUCAAGCACCGUGUGUUUGAGGUGUCAUUGGCUGACCUUCAAUCUGACGAGGAUCUCGCCUUCCGAAAGAUCCGUUUGAGGGCUGAGGAUGUUCAGGGAAAGAAUGUUCUCACAAACUUCUGGGGUAUGGACUUCACUACCGACAAACUGAGAUCCCUUGUCAGGAAAUGGCAGACACUGAUCGAAGCCCAUGUCGAUGUCAAGAAAACCGACAGCUACACGCUAAAGUUGUUCUGCAUUGCCUUCACCAAGAAGCGCGCUAACCAGCAGAAGAGGACAUGUUAUGCUCAAUCAAGCCAGAUUCGUCAAAUAAGGAGAAAGAUGAUGGAGAUUAUGGUUGCCCAGUCGCAAUCUUGCGAUCUCAAGGAAUUGGUUCAGAAGUUCAUUCCCGAGUCGAUUGGAAAAGAAAUCGAGAAGGCGACUUCGAGCAUCUGUCCUCUCCAUAAUGUGUUUAUCAGGAAGGUCAAGAUAUUGAAAGCACCCAAAUUCGACCUUGGAAAGUUGAUGGAGGUUCAUGGUGUGAAAUUGGACAGGUCGGCCGAAGAGGCUGUAGCUGAGCCGACUGAACUUGUUGGUGCUUAGGUUAUUAAAUGCUUUCUAAACUUUGCCUCCUUCGAUUUCUGUAUGAAUUGUUCGAGUCAGAGUUGACUUUUUUGGAGUGAUUUAGAAAGAGAUUUUCCUUGCCAGGAUAAUGGUUCAGGCAGAUUUAUGUUUGGUGUUAAAUUUUGUUUACUUAUAUUAA